AUGUCGAAACAGAUGGGAGACUUUGGCAUGUUUUGGAAUAUGAUUUGGCAACAGAAGGUGGAGAAGAUCGUCAUGGUUACAAACUUGAUGGAGGAUGGGAAAGAAAAAUGCGAGCAGUACUGGCCUAAUGUUGGGAUCACUAUAAACUACAGCGGGGUGAUGGUCACCUGUCAGAGCGAGAAUGAGUAUGCAGAUUUCACGAGAAGGUUGCUGCUCUUAAAUGAUGGCAAAUCUGAGCGGCAGCUGCACCACCUCCACUUCACGGCCUGGCCUGAUAGGGGAAUCCCAGAGGACGUAACAGCGCUGAUUGAGUUCCGACAUAGAGUGCUCCAUUCUCCUGCCCUUCUCGGCGGUCCAACGCUGUGCGGGAAUCGGUAUAAUCUAUUAAAGGAAGGUAAUUCGAACAAGGCCAUUGAGAUUCCAGGAUGCAUCAUCAAUAUGAGACAGAACAGGCCAAACAUGGUCCAGACUGCGGAACAGUACAAGUUUCUACACCUUGCCCUGGUUCACACCCUGACCUUAAACAGUGAGCAGAUAUCACGACAACAGUUCCAGAACUACAUGAUCGAGACCAACAAGGACGAUCUUAUCACGCAGUUUAAGGCGAUGAAAACCGCCCUCGACUUUAUCUGGGCAUAA